UCAACAAGGAUGGUUUGAGAGAAAACGUUAAUAUGUUCCUUUUGUAAAUGGAUCUUACUUGAAGCUUCCAACAGUGGUCAUUUCAUUAGUAAAGCAAAUAAGACAAAUCGAUUGAAGUGUAUAACUUGUAGACGUGUCUGAAUGAAGUCCACAAAAGUAAGGAGAAAGAAGUAGUGAAAUAAUUAACCGAUAAAACAUAAGGUUUGAUAGGGAACUAAACCAUAUGGACGUUUAACCAAAGGGAAAACUAAACCGAAUGAAAUUUUUAUUUAACUUGAGUUGAGCUAGACCAGGUUGGAUAAACACGAAAUUUAAAUGCUUAUUUAACAAAAUAUAGCAAAUGUGUCAGAGAUAUUUUAUGUAACCUAAGGCUGAAUCAUUAUGUCUAGGACUAGGUAGCUGGCCGCAUUUAAUGCUUUGUAUAAGCUGGAUUAUGUGGAAGAAACUCCACCGUCUUCAUCCAUUUUUCGCUAUAAAAGGAGGCUACCAGAACCUAAAAUCUGCAAAACAAAAUUCCCCCAAUAAUCAAGUUCUGGUAGAUUGAUUCCGGCAACAGCCUGCGAAGAAGGGAUUAAAGAUGGGUAGGUUAUUUCGGCUCAUCAUGGGCCUUUGGUGUAAGUCGUCAACCGGCGUCUGGAAUUUCAAAGAAACCCCAAAUUCUGAGGGCGAAGCGUUGAUUAUCAACAGGACCGAUUCUGUAGAUGGUAUCGUUGAGAGGAUCCGUAUAACUCUCAACCUAGGUAUUCUCACUCCUGUUGUGUUGACCUAUCAGCUCCCGCCGUGGAUGCUCCAUCCUGAUGGCCCAACGACUCCGCCGAUCACUUUGGUUAGUAACAAAGACGUCGAAAUCAUGACAAGUGUAACCGAUUACAUAGAAGAUGCAGUUCUGUAUGUUACUAGUGGACCCAAACUUGUCGCAAAAUACCAGUUCUUAUGUAGAACUCCCUUCACAAUCGAUGAAAAGACAUACCUUGAAGAGGGAGUUACAGAAGAAGAACAUCGUCAAGCUAUACUUGAUUUGGUUGGAGGUCAUCCGAUCGUGUGUAGUAAGCAUAUGCUGGAGAUCAUGUUCAAUGAACCACAAUUGCUACUCGUCUUCCGUGUCGCUCUAGAGAUAGAGAUGGUCUACGGUCUAGAGAAUGAUGAUGAUCAUAAUGCUGAACCUCCUGACAAUCUUACCAUAAACGGAAGUGACUUUCUAUCUUUUGAGGGAGCGGUUCCCUUAUCUCCUGAUCCACUCGACAACUACAAUCUUCAAGAUGAAGUGCUCUAUGGAGAACCGAUAACUAUCGAGGAUCUACAAAACUCAGUUCCAAACUUUGAAGCAACCCCAAUGGUUCAUCAAGGCGAUACCGUUGAGCAAGAACCCCUUCACGUGUGGGAAAACAUGGCUGAGGAUGAAACGUACUGGGAUGGCAUGAUGGAAGGAGAGAGGGCAUUUGAGGUUUAUAUUGCACGGUACCCACUCCCAACAGAAGAAGUUAUAGGAUUAUCGCUUGCUCACAAUAGGAGGGUAUGUGCCCCACAACCUGAAACUAUCAUUGUCAUCGACGAUGAUGAUGACAAUUCGUACACUGGCUCGACCAAUGGAAACAACGAACUCGAUAACAUCAUUGCCCUCCCUCCACCCGUUCAGAUAGAACCUGAUUCUACAGUGGACACUAUCAACAGCGUAACAGUCCUCACAAGAGGUGAACCAUCCGCUGCGGAAAAAAUAAUACACACUGUUGAUGCUCCUAACAAUCUACAUGCUACGUCUCCGACCGCAACUGGUGCCACUACUGAACCUUUCCUUGAUCUCACACUCGGGGUGGGAAUAGGAAAUAACAGGGCUGAUCCAGAGCCUCUCAGUCACGGCGGAGACUCCUCGUCCGAAUCUGAAGAUGGUUGUGGUGGGUUUGAUCCCCUAAUUUAAAACAAAUAACCUAAAUUAUAACUAAGUUGCCUAUCUUUUGAUGUGAAAUAUAUGGGCGGGGGAAAAGCUUUUUUUUUUGGUUAUCGUAAACGGAAAGACGGAAAUGACAAUAUGUAAUAUGACCUUGUAAUGUAAAAUAUUAAUGUGAAAUAUGUUUAUGUA